AGUCAGUCUUGGGUUCGGCUUUAUUGUUUUGGUCUGGCUCUUUCAACUGUUUUCAUUUUCCUUGUGAAGCCAUGUCUAUGAGCCUUUUUGAUGUCAGUUCAUUGACUGGGUUGCCUUGCACUGGAGAAGAAAUUUCAGCAUUAUUAACUUUGCCUCCAGGUGUUGAGUACAAUGCAGAGUCGAAGCCCUCUUAUCCAGCUUUUGUGAGGUCUGCCUAUGAUAAAAGUCCCACUAAAGAGUUUAUUCCCUUAGCUGCUGUUUUAGCAUAUGGUAGACAAUUGGCUCUGGGUCCUUUUUUGCUUACUCAUUUAUACAGGAGUUGCCAAGAUAUCACGGCUCACUACUUAGUCAUUAGUGCUCGAGAUCUGCUCACUUAUGGCUUCAUGUUCAAGAAUGUUGUAGAGAACAAGAAAAGCUUUGAGGAGUGCUUCAAGUUUUUUGCUUCUCUUUCUAUUGACAGACCUGAUGCAAACUUUGCUGUGUUUCCAGGCAAAUCUCACGGUCCUUCAUGCUCUAUGCACCGAACCAAUUCUGCUGGUAGCUUGGAUACUGCCAAGACAUACCAUUCCCACCAUUGUUCUCCUUCAACCACAGCUAUCCUCUUCGCCCCUCCACCACUCACCAAAAAAUUUGAAGAGAAGAAAGUUGUAAAGGAAAGUGAAGACCUGGAAUCUACCAUGGCCGCCCAAAUGAACAAGCUAGAUCUGCCAAUGAGAGCUCCCAAAACUCAAGUCAAAAGGAAAAUUGCUACUCCUGCAGAUUCCACAGAAGAAAUUACUCCCUCCAAGCAGCGAAGAACCGAAGGGAUCAAGAGGUCAGCAGUUAAACCAUCUGCAGCCAAGAAACUUAUCAAGUCUACCUCUCCCUCGAGGUCCACUUCUACCACGGAAACCGAGACUCAACCUGAUAAAACAGAAGGUGUUUCCCUUGGUCCUGCUGCCACAACAAACCCUGUUGAAGACAUAUCUGCUGAGAGUGGUGAAAGCAAUUCUGACUCCUCUCGUACCAAAUCUGGUGAUGGUUCUUCACUCGCCACAAAGGUUAGGGAUUCUAGAUUCUCUUCACGCAUAGCAAACAAAUGCUUUAAAACAGUUAGACCAAAUGAACUCAUCAAUCUAAGCCCGGACAAAGAGAAUACCCCUACACCCGUAGCUUCUCCUGUUAGGCAUGUUCAUGUUGAUGACAUUGAGAGUGUUGCUAUUGAUGUGCCUAUGAUUGAUGAUGAUUUGGAGGAUGAACUUCUUGCCCAGCUGGACAUGUUGAUGGAUCCUUCGGCUAAAUCUGGAUCUGCAACAGAUAGUAAAGGGAAGGCUGUUGCUGAAGAAGCGAAUUUCGAUAUCAAUCUCCCUACCCAGGAGCAAAUUAGCUUUGCUAUUAUGACCAUGCAAGAGCUCCUUGACGACUUCACCACCAUUUAUACACACCUCAGCAAGAGAUUCCGGGUACUUGAGAGCAAAGUAGCAGCUGCAGAAUCUGUGAGGAAAUCUGUAGCGGAUAGCACUGUCGUUGUCUUUAAGAAAAAGGAAGAAUUCUUGGCAGCAAAGGAGGCUCAUGUCACACAAGUCAAACAUCUCCAAGAGCUUAAAGAAGAAAUCUCUAACCUUGAAGCCAAGCUUUUAGAGUUAAGAAACCAAGUUCUGCUUGCGGAGUAAACUGAGAAGAAUUUGGCAGAUCAAAGAAACAAGCUCUGCAUAGACAUGGAAGUUGGUUUGAAAUCUGCUGCCAAGAUCAAGGACCAGCUACCUUCUUUCACAGCCUCUGCAGAUGAAGCCGUUGAAGAAAUCAAGAAUAUGAGAGAAGAAUGGAGUACUUGGCAAAACAACCUUUGUUGAUUUUUCUUCUAUGUAUCUCCUUGUCUCUUUGUUGGUUGAAAUUGCACAUUGUCAUGUUUUCAAUGUUGAUCUCUUUCUUGGCUCAUAUUCUGAAAACCUGCUUGUUGUACUUUUUGUUCAUACUCUGGUAGAUGUUGAAAUCUGUCAUGGCCGAAAUCUGGCCGUUGUGGUUGUUCACAACCAUAUUUGGCCUACUUGCAGACUCGGCUCAGCACUUUUUAUUGAAUGAUAAAAUGCUAAAUAAUGA